AUGCUGCUGGAUCUGGUUUGCAUCUCAGAGCUGGACUCCCUGGAAGUCCCUCCCCUCACGCCGACCAGCCAUGAAGUCCUGAGCCAGGCGGUGAAGGCCAGCUUCGCAGGGUUCCUCCAGGACGAGGCCAACCACCACUUCCCACACGAUCCGGCUCUGUGGUCCGGGCUGGAGGUCAACCACUGGCUGGACUGGUGCCAGGCGGAGUUCGGCCUGCCCUGCCUGGGAUCCGCCCUGAGAGACCUGGAGGGCGGCGAGCUGUGCGGUCUGGACCGGGAGACCUUCCUCAGCCUGACGUCCGACAGCACGGCAGGGGAGAUCCUGUGGGAGCACCUGGACACCCUGAGGACAGAGACGGACUCGGACACGGACAACGUCCAGAGCGACGGCUCCGAGGCGGCGGCAUCUCUGUCCUGGACGCCUCCUGUCCAGCAGACGCUGGCGGUCGCCGGAGACGGAGACGGAGACGGAGACGGCUCCAGGGACCAGCACUGCAACUUCAAGGACUACAUGAGCGACAAAACCCACGUGGGCCGAGCCGUCAUCCCGGCCGCCGUGCUGGCCGGGUACACCGGCAGUGGUCCCAUCCAGCUGUGGCAGUUCCUCCUGGAGCUCCUGACCGACCACAGCUGUCAGUCCUGCAUCAGCUGGACGGGAGACGGCUGGGAGUUCAAACUGACCGACCCCGACGAGGUGGCGCUGCUGUGGGGGCGACGGAAGAACAAACCCAAGAUGAACUACGAGAAGCUGAGCCGCGGCCUGCGCUACUACUACGACAAGAACAUCAUCCGCAAGACGGCGGGCAAACGCUACGUCUACCGCUUCGUCUGCAACCUGCAGGACCUGCUGGGCUACCAGCCCACCCAGCUGCACCGCAUGCUGCACGGCGGCGCCACACACUGA